AUGGAUACCCUACCAGGAUCUGAAAAGACGGCACUGCCGUCGACAGAAACAACACAUACAGCGCCGCGUCGACCGUCUCUGCUGCCCGCGUUCGAACCGCUUUCCUCCUCGCCCGGCCUCCCGCGAGCGGCCAAACGCAAGUUCGACGAGACACUCGACGACCGCAAGUAUUAUCCUACACCAGUACCUACAUCCUCGACUGGUAUUCUCCCAUCCUCGCCGCCAUCGCGUUCAACGCGUCCUGGAUUGAAGCGGACAGUUUCCGUCCUCUCAGAACGCGCUCCUCUUGGCGAUGUACCAUCUCUUGAUCUUCCCGCCAAUGGCGAACCAAUACUUAUGGGACGCUCAAGCAACUCUUCAGAUUACCAGCUGUCUGCCAAUCGCCAUAUUUCACGCGUCCACGUGCGUGCUUCAUAUCAUACACCCGACGAUGCAUAUCCGAAUGGCAAGGUGGAGGUGGAGUGUAUGGGAUGGAAUGGAGCAAAAGUGCACUGCCGUGGAGAGAUCAUCGAGUUGGCAAAGGGUCAGACAUUCGAGUCGGGCAAGCCGAUGGCUCAGAUCAUCGUCGACGUGCAAAAUACGCGUGUAAUGCUCGUGUGGCCGAAGGACGAGGCACGCGAGCAGGCGUCGAUCGAACCCAGAUCACCAUGGGCGCAGGACUCGCCGUCUAAACGUCAAUCUGUGUCAGCAACUCAGUUUGCAUCAAGUCCGCCGCCGAUAUUACCGCCACGUCUUGCAUCACCAGUCUCGCCAACUCCAGGUCUUAAUGGUCUCGACUUCGGCACAACAUUCUCCUCGACCUUUCGUGCCGACUCUGCAUCUGUGCAAAUCUACGAGGACCACAACUCUGAUGAAGACGCACCUCAUGAUUCAACACCUGAGCCCACAUGUGCCGGUGAGACCACGCCAAAGUGCUCGUCAAUGUCGAUUCCCAAGCAAAACGAAUCGUUCUUGGAGUCCCGUGCGACUCUGGCGUCUGAGCAAGAUGAGUUCUCGGACCACAACGAGGAAAACGAUCCGAUCGUGCAUUCCUUUGGACCAUUCGGCGAUAACAUCAUGUCGAGGUUCCAGUCGUUCCAGUCGACCUCGCCGGAGCGCAAGCGUAAGCCGCUCAAUCCGUCCCUCAACUCUCCAGGACGUAGCAUGAGUACACAGCAGUACCACGCUAGUCCUGUUAAGAAUCAUGUCAUCAACCAGCUCGCCUUCUCGCGUGUGCAUGCUUUGCCGCUGUCGACCAUCCACAGCAACCUUCCAGCAGAGCUACGUGGUGCUAUGGCCAAGCCAUCAGACAACGAGAAUCGCAAUGUAAUGACCACUUCCGAACUGAAGACCAUCCUUGACGGCAUCCCUUGUGUUGGCGAGAUCAGCCGCGAGGGCAAGGAUGCUGCCGGCAAGCUGCUAGAGAGCGAGUUCUAUUACGUGCCAGAGAUGGACACAGAUAGCAAUCGCCGAGACACAGUCACCCAGAGCCUGGGUAAGACCAGUAUCCGUGCUGCCAGGAAGCAGCAUAAGCAAUACUAUUGGAAGCGUCCUCGUUACUGA